GUCCUCAUGACAACGCCGACGGAGCAGAUCUCAGCGCUCUGGGGGUCUACGUCCCCCCUCACGCCGCCACGACCCAAGAAGGAAGACACGAUGAACAAUGGCAGGAGAACAAGGGAGGAGUCGGAAGAGGAAGAGCUCCUACAAGACAUGGCGGCCGAGAGCACGCUACUCCCGCAGAUGUACAAGACAUCUUUGAAGUGGAAGGAGAACUACGAGGCUGCUCUUGAGUACAUCAGGGAAGCAGAGGCGAAGAUCUCAGCUCUUGAGCUUCGUGUGCGGGUUCUUGAGGCCACACGUGACCUGCAGGCGCAGGUUAACACAUUGCAAUUGCGAGUGGAUCAAUUGGAACAGGACGCUGCUGGGACCCAGGCGAUACUGGCUGGUCCUCACAACAUCGGCUUACGUGCUGAAUUAUCCGCUUUGCAUAAGGUCCUUUCGGGCUGCGUUGAAUCUACGAAUCGUGCAGAGAGUGAGCUUCUCCUGUUGCUCUCCUGGAGAACCAACUUCACCAAGGUCCCGUCUAGCACUGCAAUGCCCUCCGGGUUUUCAGCAGCUUUCUUAGCACAUUUGGAAAAUGUGGGCAAAGAUGACACGGCAGCAUCGGUAGCGGCAUCUUCCGAUGCUGCACUUGCAGUCUGUGUGGUCAAGCGUUUUCGUGCUUCUUCAGCUGCUUCGCAGGUUUGCUCUGUCGAGGCCUUUCAGCAUUCUGGGAUGCAGGUUCCGGUUUCGGCUGGCACGGGCCUUACUUUGCAGCAGGGUGUGCACCAACAACAAUUUGAAGAUGUUCGGCAACUCUGGUCAUCGAUCAAGCCUCUGCUGCUGCCGUUUUCUGUGGUAUUGCAAGAUCUGGAGGUUAGUUCACAUGCCGGGGAACUUGAGCUUGGGCUGCUGCGAACAGUCUCGGAGGUCACAGCCCUUCGUUAUCUCCGGACCUUGCGUAAGUUUCUGCUGCAGCUUGACGAGUUAUGGAACCUGAGUUGGGACAUGGCAUCCCAGGCUGUGACAGUUGACUGCAUUCUCUCUUUGCGCAGGGAUCAUACAGAUUGUCAUCAAGUGAACACCAUCAAGGCUCUGCGUUGGGCUGCAAAGCUCUUCCGUCUCCGCGUGGAGGAUCUCUACGAGGGGCUCUUUCGUACCCUCGUGGCAGCGCCAGCCUCAGGAAAGUUGCGCCGCGAGUCAUAUCCUUUACCUUGGAGGUUGGUCAGCUACCUGGAGCAUGCGCUCAUCUUUCGUACUCUGCCGGUGCCGGCAUUACUCUUGGCCGGAGCUGCCUUGGCCUGCGUCUAUGGAUCAUUGCGCUGGUCGGACUCACAGCAUCUCCGCUGGGAGGCCUUGAUGUUUUCGUCAUCUUGUCUGCGUGCCCUGGUGUUCAGGGCAAAGACCUCUCGCGCGGGCAUGCCAGUGGCUUUCCGCAUUUUCGGGGUUCUAGGUUUGGGUUCGGAGGUUCGCCAAACUUGGCUUGCGCAUUACCUUGAGAUCCUUUCGGGGGUCUGGCAGGAGAUGCGUGCUGCAUUUGGGCAGGCUGUUUGUCCUGACUGCUUGUGGUUCACUUGGAAAAAGGCAGAUGGGGCCUUCGCCCCCCUGUCGUAUGCUCAGAGCCUGCGUUUCUUGCGGGAGGCAGCUGGCCACCACCGCGGUUCUGCCGCGGAGUUGUAUAGCAAGGACGAUGUUUGGAGUGCGCUUCAGGCGCAAGAUGUUGUGCUGGCUAAGCUUCAGGAGAAGCCUUUUGCAGUGUUGAGUGCGCUGUUUCCGCUGCUUCCUGAUUUCAGUGCGGCUGAAUUGGUGCCGACCUUGGAUUCUGCUGAACUCGGGAAGUCGGAUGCCGGGUCUGAGGCAGCCGAUCCUACAGCCGCGCCCCAGCUACACCUGCUUCAGUCUCAAGCAAAGCUUCCGGCGCAAGAUUUUGAUUCUUCCUCCUCUGAUGGCGAAUCCGUCGACGUAGAGUCGUUGGGCUGUGCUGAAGAGGUUGUUUUUGCAAAAUCGGGGGUGUGUCAUUUCGCAUCUCCGGCCACAGCGGGUACGGGCUCACGGCAUGCAGAGCUUUGGCUAAAACCUGCGUGUGGCAUGUUGUCGCCGGAGCUCAUGGUUCUUCAUUCCUUGCCGGCGGGAAAAAACAGUGGCUCCGCGCUGAUUGGCUGUGCACUGGCCCCUGUAACGCUGGCUAACGAUUUCGGCAUGCGGCUGUAUUGCCUCGCGCUUCUGAGAACAUUUUCGGCUGUGCAGUCCAUACCAUUGCACGGUGGGAUUAGCCUGGAAGCUAUGGCUGCUGCCGUGUCUGCCACAGCAUUGCAAGGCUUCAAGGAACCGGCCAGGGCUGCAUUUGCUAUUUUGCUGAGCUGGGGAUUUCCCUCAGGUGAUGGCUCUCCGGAUGGGGGCGUUUCUGCCCCGACGAUGGCAGAAUUGCUUGCGGAGCACUCCAUUCCCGAGGUGCUCCAUUAUCAUUUCGCCGAGUUCUCUCCGUCGGUCUUUGCCAACGUUUCUACGGACGCUGCUGGCUUAGACAGGUUCCUAGGGAGCCUCAUGGAGAACACGGGCCCAGAAAUGUUCGCUGUAGAAGCUCGUGUGCGGAUGUUAUGGAAAUCCUGUGUCGCUCAGUGCUCUGAAAGCAAGAAGGCUCCCGGGGAUCAGUCCAUGGAUGUGAAGGCAGAUUCUUGGAGUGACCCUUUUCCUGCAAAGUUGAGUGCAACUACGUGGAAGUCAUUGCGUGAAGAUUUCCUUGCUUCCUACCCCUCCGAGCUGCUCAGCCCAGAGGACACACCGGGGGCGCGGAUUAUGGGCUUGGUGUACCGAGGUGUCUCCGACAAGUCGCUGAAAUGGCCUCAGUGGAAGCACAGGUUAUCAGUUGCGCAAGAACAAUCACAUCAGCUUUCCCGCCCUGCAAAGAUGCCUCGGCUGGAAAGCCUUCUCUUCGACGACGUGCCGGCCAAGGACGUUCCCUCAGUCUUGAACUAUGGGUACGUAGCGGGCAUUCUUAACAUGCACGCCAACGCUUUGGCUUUGUGCAAGGCUGCUCACCUUUCUGUCUUGAAGCGGUAUGUGCAGGCUUUCCUCAAGCUCUGUUUUCCACAGCUUGAGCCUGGGUUCCGUGGCCCGUCGGUUCAAGAGGCCAUUCAGGCGGAUGAAAAGGCCUGGCAGGCGAUCAACGAGCUGUACGCCCAUCAUGAAUGGGAGCUGGGGGAUGCGGUUGCUGAGAUAAUUGAUGUUCGGAUGGUGCUGCAUGUGUACCUUCAGCCUCGCUUGGCUGCCUCUUCCCCUGCUAUUCCCGGGGUUGCUGGCCAGGUCCUUACCAUUUGCCGCGACUUCAAUACUAAGGACCCAGGCGCUUCAGUGUCGGCAUCACCAGGCAGUGCGGAGCCUGAUUAUGCAGGCUGCCUUCAGCAUCUGGAGGCGCAUCUUCAGUUUUCCAGACACAGCGUGCGCGCCUCUGUGGUAGGGGAGCGUGCAGGCUAUUUUAACUUCGGCCUUAUGUUUGGUUCGGGCCAGGUGGGCCUCACCCGUUUGACGCAUGCCUUCUUCGCAACAUGUAUCUUUCUGAAUCAGUUUCUGCGCCAAUGCUUCCCUGAAGGGGAAUGGACAUCCAUUUGUGUGGCACGCUCCGUGCAAACCCGCAUUCAUUCUGACUCUGGUAAUCUUGCAGGGUCCUACAACUUCUCGGUUUCCCUGGGAGGCUUCUCGGGGGGUCACCUUUGGUUGGAAGGUGACGGCUCGGUGCCUUUGCAGGACAGCUCAGGCAGAGUGCGCCAUGGUCACACCGUGUGCACUCGGCAUUCACCCUUCAAAUUUCAAGCGGAUGUCCCGCACGCCACGAUGCCCUGGUCAGGUGGUGAUCGCUGGUCGGUCACUGCUUACUCGGUUCCGGGUGCUGAGGUUCUCUCCGAUGCGUGCCAUUCGGAGCUACUUCGCUUGGGCUUUCCGCUGCCAGGUGACCUCCUAGACGACUCGGUGUAUGAUCGUUUGGUAAGGUUGAAAAAGGAAGGUGAUGGGGGACCGCGGCCCAUACGGACCGUGGAAUUCCCCGAAGGUCGUCCUGACCUCACUGCUGAUGAACAGCAGCGACUUGAUAGCAGCAAGCUUCUUCUGGUUCGCUGUGUCUCUAUUUUAGAUUGUGUUUUCUCAGCAGGGGGGCAAGUCAGCCUGGAACAGCCUCGUAACGCUUUAAGCUGGCUCACCAUGGAAGUGCAAGAGUUCUUGAAGCGCAUUUCAGCGGAUCUCAAUGUCAUCCCGGCCUGCUCCGUUGGCAUGUCGGUUCACAAACACUGGCUGUUUGCGUCAAGCUGGCGCCCUCUUCAGGCGUUGGCCUCCAGGUGUGAUCAUCCAUACUCUGCUCAUGCUGAUGUAAGGGGGGUCAAGGACUCCUCAGGCGAUUGGGCCUCCAGGAGAACUGCAGAAUUUCCGCCAUUGCUGUCCGCACGCUUCGCUGAUCUUAUCAUGCCUGUGUUUUCACCAGGUCCAGAUGCCAAGCUGCUAUCAUGCGAGGAGGCGUUGGGCAUGGUACCUUGCAAGCCUCACAACGCCCUUCCGAGGGCGAAUCAGGACGGGGGAGGCCAGACUGGUCAUCGCCUCCCCCCGGUCAAUGUGAUCAUCUGCGCACGCUGCGACAUCUUUGGACUGAGUGGUUGGCUGCACAUCAGAGUCCGAGGAACCUUUAUUUUCUGA